ACCGCACUCCGAGAACGCAAAUAUGCAGGAUGAAAUCCAGACGCAAACGAUUUCAAUUUCAAGUCAGUUACGCUAUUCAUGAAUGUGUAAAAAGCUUAACAUUUUCAGACCCUUCUUUGCAAGAAUGCUAAAAACAAGUUUAAAACUGACUUUAAAAUGAUCCAUUUGACUUUUUCUUAGGUCUUAAAUAGAGACUAGGUCUCAACGACAUACAAUUUUUAGGCUCACUGUACUGUAUGUUUAUAUCCAGUUUAUGUUCAUAGGGUAUUUAAACUUCCACCCUCAACGCACUUUCAGAUAGUCUACUGGACUUUGCUCUCUGACAUCUAUAAGUGAAUCACUCAGUUCAGACCGAAGUCCACACACGUAACUGGCCUGAGGGCAGGCCAAACAACACAUUUACUGGGCUACAGAUUCACCAUUUCACUUCUAUUGACACCUAUAAGCAUAAUCCAGGGUCUUGAUAUUUAGAAAGGCAAAAAUAAUUUUGUACCACUAAGAUCACCAGGAUGGAAACAACAUCUUCACUGAUUAAGUCUGUGUCUCUCUUGCCUCCUAAAACCUCAUUCAGGUCUGUGUCUCUCUUGCCUCCUAAAACCUCAUUCAGGUCUGUGUCUCUCUUGCCUCCUAAAACCUCAUUCAGGUCUGUGUCUCUCUUGCCUCCUAAAACCUCAUUCAGGUCUGUGUCUCUCUUGCCUCCUAAAACCUCAUUCAGGUCUGUGUCUCUCUUGCCUCCUAAAACCUCAUUCAGGUCUGUGUCUCUCUUGCCUCCUAAAACCUCAUUCAGGUCUGUGUCUCUCUUGCCUCCUAAAAUCUCAUUCAGGUCUGUGUCUCUCUUGCCUCCUAAAAUCUCAUUCAGGUCAGUGUCUCGGCAAUUGUGGUCGUCCCCUCAGAGACCAUUCAGGGUGUGCUCCUGGAACAGAGUGAUCAGGAAGGGAAUCACUGCAGCAACCCUGCAGGAGCUAAAAAAAAAGGCAGCUCACGCUCUGCUGGUCCCUGCCCCGGUGUCUCUGGUGUGUGAGGAGGAUGGCACUGAGGUGGAUUCAGAUGAGUUCCUCAUGGCCCUGCCAGACAACACAGUUCUCAUGGGCAUGGAACCAGGCCAGGCCUGGAGACCCCAUCCUUUAGGUCAGAGAAGUGGUUCCAUCAAACCAGCUGACAGCAAACCCCGCACCGGUCGUGACAUUGCUCAGGUGACCUUUGACCUUUACCGUCUGAGCCCAAAAGACACAUUUGGCUCUCUGAGCGUGAAGGCCACGUUCAAGGGACUAUACUCCAUUGGUGCUGAUUUCCAGUGCCUGGGGCCCAAGAAAGUGCUCAGAGAGGCCCUCAGAAUGAUCUCCACUAUACUCCAAGCAGCAGGUCACAUGUUGAUCACAUCGGCUACUGUGAUUCGUCGAAUCAUUCAGGGGGCGGACCUCCUGCAAGUUCAGCAUGAUAACAUGCAGGGAGAAUACUGGAACUGACUGCCUUUGAUUAGGAAAUUAAGUGCUAUUGCUUUGUGAACACAACUUAUUUUAAGAAUCCUCCUAUCAGUAUUCUUCAUUCUGUAUUAUAUUACCAGGGCCAAUUAUGCAGACCGGCAAAACACUUUAGUUGCAGACUACAAAAAAGUUUAAUGUAGACUGUAAAAUGCAGGCUAAGACCAAGCUUAAACAAUAUCCAGGAAAUAUCUCCCAUGCAACAAUGUGGAUACAAUUUAAACUGUACGUAUGAUUACCGUUUUAUCUAUUGCAGCUGUCCACUUAAAAUUUGUUUAAGUUUAUUGAGUUGAAAUGCCAUUGUAACCAAGGAAACAUUUUCUAAAAACAGGUACAAAAAUCUUAACAAGCAAAAAAUGAUUUUUGUAAUCAUGUCUGUAAUAUCAAUCAAAUGCAUAGAAUACAAAAUGUAUAAUUCAAGCUUUUUGUGUAAUUAUGGUCCUAGGAGUAAAAACACAAAGCAAAAAAAAAAAAAAA